AUGUUUGAAAUAAAUUUUGAAAUUAUAAAUUUAUUUAAAAAACAUUCAAAUAAAUUUAAUGAAAAAUUGUUAUUUACAAUUGACGUAAAUGAUAAAAUUUUAAUUGAUAAAUCAAAUUAUGAAAAUGUUUAUUUAAAUAAUAGAAAAUUGGUAAUAAAUAAAUUAAUUGAAAAAAAAGUUAAAAUUGAACAAUUAUCAAUUGAACUAUUAAGAUCAUUUGGAUAUUAUAUUUUAGGUGAAAAUGAAAAUGGUGAAGAAGAUCCUCAAACAGAAUAUUCAAUAGUUCCUUAUGAAGAAUUCAUUGAAAUAUUUGAAACUUUUAAAUUCAAUGAAAAUGAAACUAUUAGACUAUUCAUCUCACUUCAACAUUUUCAAUUUUUUAAUAAUAAAUCAAUAUUUAAUAGAAAUGAAUUUUUCAAAUAUUUAUCAUCAUUAUUAUUAGAUGAUGGUAGUGGUAAUAAUGUCAUACCAAUGGUAAUUCAAUUUUAUAAUAAAUAUUAUCAUAAAUCUACAAAUAUAUCAUUAAAUCAAAGAAAUACAUCAGACCUUUUACAAAUGAUAUUAUCAGAUAAAUUGAAAUUAAAAUUAUUUUUUUUAAAAAAUAAUCAAUUUAAAAUAUUUAAUUUAUUAAUUACAAAUUUUAAUUUAUCAUUUCUUUUAAAAUCAUUAUUAGCUAAUAAAAUGUGUUAUAAUGAAUUUAAUAACAAAGAUAAUCAAGAACUUAAUUUUAUUUUAAAAUUUAUUAAUAUAAUUAAAAAUGGUUUAAAAAUUACAAAUGAAAAAUAUUUAUUUAAUCCAAUUUUUAAAUAUUUUAAUAAAAUGGAAUUUGAAAAUAAAAAUAAAUUAAAAAUAUUAAAAAUAAAUAAAAUAUUAAAUAAUGAUAAUAAUAAAAUUAAUAAUUAUAAUAAUAAUUUUGAAAUUUUACCAAAUGAAAUAAUUAUAAAAAUUAUAAUAAUUUUAAUUACUUAUAAUAGAAAUAUAAAUCAUCAAAUUCCAAAUUUAUCAUCGUCAUCAACAUCAUCAUCACCAUCAUUAAUUUUAAUUAAUAAUUUAAUUAAAUCAAAAUAUUGUAUAUAUUUAUCAACUUUUAUAUUCAAUGAAAUUAAAAAUGAUAUUUUUUCAAUUGCAUUAACAAAUUGGAAAUUUUAUAAUAUGUUGUCACAUUGUUUAAAUUUUGAAAUUAAUUGGCAUAAAAUGCAAUCUCAAUUUAAAAUUGGAUAUGAAUCAUUCUUUUAUUAUGAAAUUCAAUAUGGUUAUAAAUAUUGUUUAUUUAAAAAACCAAUUUCAAUUAUUGAUUAUAAAGGCUUAAUUUACUCAACUCCAUUUAAUAAAGUUUCAAAAGUAUUUACUCAAUUAGAAUAUUUAUCAUUUGAUACAGGUUUAUAUUUUUCAAAUAAUAGUAAUAAUAAUAAUAAUAAUAAUAAUAAUAAAUUUGAUAUUUGGGAUACAACUUAUUAUACAUUUCCAAUUAAAUUACCAAAUUUGAAAUUUUUAAAAAUUAUUGGUAGAGAUUACUAUAAUAAUAAAAAUAAUAAUAAUAAUAAUAAUAAUAAUAAUAAUAGAAAUUAUUUUGAAUCAGUUUAUAAUAAAGAUAAUGGUAAAUUUUUGGAUUUAAUAAAAUGGAUUUUAAUUCAUACAAAUUGUAAAUUAGAACAUGUGAUUUAUAGUCCUAUAGUUGGGUGUAUUGAAGAAAUGGAUAAAGAUAGUAUAAUUGAACCAUUAUUUAAAAAUCAUGGAAAUAAUUUAAAAUCAUUUAAAUUGGUUUAUUUUGAAAAUGAUCAACUUUUAAAAUAUAUUAAUUAUUUAAAUGAUACUUUGGAAAAUUAUCCAAAAAUUAAAUUUAUUCAUAAAAAAAAGAAUUUCAGAUUUUCAAAUAAAUAA